CACGCAUUAAAAGUUUCCAGUUUCUUCUCAGACGCUUUUUAUUUGACAACCUUUGCAGUUACAGUUUAUCUCUUGCGCGGUGCGGUAACAACUUCAUAUCUGUAAUGUUGAAGAAAUUCAAUAAAGUUUUGGACGAGUUGUGCUAUGAUUAUGAUGAAAUAUUGGAACGGCAGAAAAUUAAGCAAGAAUGGGUUGAUCAGCUGAGGGAGAUGUCAAAAAUUUCCAAAUUUGUUCCUAAGAUUCUUGAUGAUAAACAGCUCGCUAUUUUUGUGAAUGGAUGUAACAGUAACACAGAAAAAUCAUCAAAAUGGAUACACAUGAACUAUAAGCUACGAUCAACAACACCAGAAUUUUUCGCAAAUCGUAGAUUUGAUGCACCGGAUGUGAUUGAUGCAUUGGAUACUCAAUGCUUUGCUGUCUUUCCAAGUACACCUAAUAAUCACUUUGUAUUUUAUCAUUGCCUUACGAACUAUAAUCCAAGAAAAUUCAACUUUGAUCAUGCCGUAAAGGUUUUCAUGAUGAUGGGAGAAGCAAUGCUCGCCAAGGAAGGACCUAGAGAUGGAGCAAUCUUCAUAUACGACCUCAAAGGAUCCAGUUUCAGUCACGUUUUCCGACCAACCAUUCACUCAAUUAGAAAAGGAAUUGAUUAUCUUCAAUCAGCUAAUCCAAUUUUCAUCAAGUCGAUUCAUGUCCUAAACUCAUUUUGGAUUAUGGAACUAAUUUUCGCGAUAAUUAAGCCAUUUGUAAGGAAAGAUUUCUACGAUAUUAUUCAUUUGCAUCCACCUGGUGCAAGUCUUGAUAAGAUCUUUGAAAAUGAUGUUCCAAAAUCGCAUAUGCCGUGUGAUUUAGGCGGCGAUCUACCACCGAAAAUUGAGUACUAUGACAAAACUAGAAAACUGAUUGAAAACUUUACAGAUUAUUUUGAGAUUGACGAUGAAAAUACAAACUUGAAACUCGAUCAGUAUGUUGAUUCUGAAGAGUAUAAGUAUCGUGACAAGUACUUAUAAAUGUAUGUUAUUAUGGAAUGUGUUAAAUAAAAAGAAUCAAU